CAUCAAUCAAAACCACUCUCAACAUUUGGUGCCUGACCAAUCUUAUCUCCUUAACAUCUUUUUAAUUUUUUUUUACUUUUUACUUUUUACUUCUUCAUUCUUCAUUCUUCAUUCUUCUUUCUUCUUCUUUCUUCUUUCUUCUUUCCUUUCCUUUCCUUUCCUUUCCUUUCCUUUCCUUUCCUUUCCUUCCAUUCCUCCCUUCCUCAAGUAGUUCAUCUUUUCUUUUACCAUAGAGUCUUCUUCAUUCUUAAGCAACAUCUCCUUCCAAUUUUCAAUUUUCAAUUUUCAAUUUUUUUUUUUUAAACAAUUCGCUCCGCUUUUCCUUUCCUUCCCUUUCGGAUAGCAUCCAUUGUUUUUAAAUACUUGAUAAUAGCCUUUUUACCAUUACACAUAUUCAUUUUGACAAUGGACGGAUCAUAUUUUGAGGAUGCACUCGGAACUGUCCGACUUGUUCUAAAGAAGCGGAUCAAUCACGCUGCACAAAUCUCAUUGGCAAAUGAUAUUAUUUGCAUUGCUGCAGGUUUAAGAUCAGCAUCCUUGGUCGAUCAAUUGUUCCUGAAUGAGAAUGAUAUCGAAAGGUUUCAAUCUCUUUUCCAUCAUUCUGCCAGGUUUAAUGAAUUGGACUUGUUGAGCAUUGGAGAAGAUCAUGUGUUUAUUAUCCAUCGUCAAUUGCUGUUACAGGACAUUCAUGAUUAUCUCACAGGAUCGCCCAAGGGUCUUCAACGCGUCUUUGUCAAUGUGGAUCAUCAUCUGUCACAACCUGAAAUUAUGCCUUGUAAUCGUUAUAGAGCUUUGGAAGAUUACGUUCGCGAUGUGUUAUUACCAGAGAUUGAGCGGAGGAUAAAAUCAUGGGAUCAAGCUGAACAGUCAUAUCAGCCUCUAAUUGUGCCCAACAAACUCUCGUUAGUAACAUUGACAGGAUGGUUGCUGAGCUAUCCUGUCAAUUAUGUCCUACCGGGACUUGGCCGACGAUAUAGCAGUGGGGCAGGAAGAAGAGUAGGGACAGCGGAUUCAGAUUCAGAUUCAGAAGAGUUUAAUGAUGAUGGAGCAGAGGAUGAGGAUGAGGAUCAGGACAAUGGAAGGAACGCGCUUGCAAACCAGGUACUGGUGGUAACAAGGGUCAAUCUGCAACCGAACCCGGAGGUAGAAGGGUUGAGUCAUCAUUGUCUAUUGAGUUUCUCCUAUCCGUCCGAGUUGGCAGAACGAUUUGUGGAUCGCUCGUCACCUACACCACCGUCUCCUCUCUCACCUGAGGUAGAGAAGGAUGAAUAUCAAUUCGAGUCCUCGUCUGAGUCUUUGCCCACACCAUCGCCUUCAUCCUCAUCCUUUUCAAUGUCCUCUGCUACAUCGACAACAACUACAGCAGCAACAACGGCAUCAUCAACAUCAGUAGAAGAAAAAGAAGGCGAAGGAUCGAACGCUCAGGAAGAGAAUGAGGACGAACCAUCAUCAUCAUCAUCAUCGUGUUCAUCGUCAAUGCCGCUAUCCCGAUCGUUGUGCUCGGAUACAUUUGAUCAUAAUCGACCUUUGCCAUUUAGGAAUCCGGAUAUCUAUGCAGCAGGGAGGUCAUUCCUGACACAGCUACACAACCGAUUCCAGAAACAGAAUAUUUGGAAGUCAUGGGAGGUUGGGCAACAAUCUGUUGUACUCCCUGUUGUCGCCAUGUAGGAAAUAAUAAUGAUAGUAAUAACAAUAAUAGCCAUAUAUAAUAAUAGCGGACAACGGGAGAAAGAAAGAAAGAAAGAAAGAAAGAG